AUGGGUGAGAUGGCAUUGGCUGCUGGGCGUUGGACCGGAAAGGAGGCUGAUCUUGCUGGUUCAGAACGUUUUCAAAAGUUCGAAGCUCAAAAGUUCGAAAUGAGCCCCGGCGAAAGCUCUCCUCCGGACGCUGGCCAGGAAUCACGGAUCUUUGUUGCAGUUCCUCGACACUGGGGCAAUAGGGACUAUAAGCCCCAACAAGGUGCCAAAAAAGACGGCGAUAUGAUGCAGCGUUGGCUCGAAGAGGCGGCGACUGAUCCCCCCUUUAAUACAAUCGCCAUGGUAGCAGUGGCUCAAAUUGAGACGCCGUUGGUUCCUAACGAGGCUACCUCUAAGCAGAAGUGCUAG